CACCCAGGUGGUGAAGAGGUCCUCAGGGAGCAAGCUGGAGGAGAUGCUACUGAGAACUUUGAAGAUGUUGGCCAUUCCACAGAUGCAAGGACAAUGUCAGAAACCUUUAUUGUUGGGGAACUUCAUCCGGACGAUAGAUGGAAGCUUCAGAAACCAACAGAAACUCUUAUUACCACUGUUCAGUCUAAUUCCAGUUCGUGGUCCAACUGGGUGAUCCCGGCAAUAGUAGCAAUCAUCGUGGCCCUGAUGUAUCGUUCCUACAUGUCAGAGUAA